CGCUCAAACAUCUAGCUUUAAUCAAUAUAAGUUGCCUCGUCCUUUCAGGAUAUUACUUGAGCAAUUCAUGACCAAAUCUACCUCACUUUUGACGGAUACUUGCGUCGAUUAACUGACACUUAAUAAACAUUAGUUUUUCAUAUUGGCAUCAGUUUACAGUCAACCUUCAUGGAGUUAGCUGGUCGAGAUCUUCAUCAAUAAAUUUGGGCUCAGUGUCAUCUUUAUAAGGGUUUUUACAGAUUAACAAGAAGUCAAGAUGGUAGCCUCAAACUCUUCCCAGGUGCCCAAGAACGUCAAGUGCUAUCUUCCCGAGAUCUCGCCUCAUUUCCAGAGCGAAUACUUGAAAAAGUCUCAUUUAGUGGUUUCGCCAUUGAACAUCAUCUGUGUCCUGAUGUCAACGAUUUUAAACUUCCUCGUCGUGGUCGCUGUUUACAGGAAGCGCCGUCUUCGUCGGGGAUCAGGGCUGCUUCUUUGCAGUAUUAACCUGAAAGAUUUACUCUUGGUGUCUAUUCUCCAGCCAAUGGCUGUUUAUAGGUCAUUCUUCUUGGUCUUGAAUAACAACUUUUGUGCUAAGUCGCCGAUUGAAGGCCUGAGGUCCUAUCUAAUUUUCCUGUACCGUAGCGUUGCGCUGACAACGAUGGCGCUAAUCUCCUUCGACCGCUGGCUUGCGAUACACCGUCCCUCCUACUACAGGACGUUCUUCACAAUGAAGCGCACUAUUGCUUCGAUUGCACUUGUGUGGUUGAUCAGCAUGUCUAUAAGCUUCGUUGCUACCUAUGUCRUUCAGCCCAAACACCGCUACCAGCUUGUGUUCAUCCAGUUUGGUGUGACAAUGGUGAUUGUUGCUGUCCUUCAGCUCGACGUCUACCGAGGGAUCAAACAACAUGGGAAGAAAGUAGCUGAUCUCAGCACUUCACAGCAGCGACAAAUCRCCUUAGAACACUCAGUUUCCAUGGUUGUUUUCUACGUCAUCCUGGCGUUGAUUAUCUGCUACUUCCCACUUCUUGUCGUGUCCGCCAUUCGAUUCUCCAACAACAAGAACUACUUCUUGAUAACCAGCCCGUGGAUGGAGAUGAUACUAUACGCCAAUGCGGUAGCAAACCCCAUCAUCUUACUCAAGACCAACGUUCAUUUAAAAAGCGCAGUCGUGGACGCGGUCAUGCAGUGGUUAUCUCCUCGUUUCUAUGACAACGAGUCUGUAGAUGCCAGUGGCUUGCAAGAGAGCAGAGUUGCUGUCUCUGUCGUCAGGACGAAYGGCCAAAAUGGCGGGAACCAAAGUCGCGGAGAGCGGCGGAUGACUGUCCAGGAAAACUAAGAAACUGAAUUGGUUUGACAAUAUAUCUAGACAAGCAAAGUACUAAAA